AUGGCAACUUUUAAAUAUCUCAGCAAUUUUCUAAUUGCCAUUUCCUUCUUUGUCCUUGCCAUAGAUGCAACCCCUCUAGUGCACAAGAGAGCUGGUCGAACCAGCGCUCCAGCUGGGUGUCUAACUGUUAGAGGAAGCGGUACUCACUCCGGCGAAUAUAGCACAGUUGGAGCUGCAUUGAGUGCCCUUGGAUCUUCGAAAUCAGCCGCAUGUAUUUUCAUAUAUAGUGGAACAUACAACGAGCAACUUACGAUUAAAUAUGGCGGGAACCUCACCGUCUAUGGAUACACUACUGAUAUUGGAACAUAUAAGAGUAACACAGUAAAGAUCACUCAUGGUAUCAACUCCACUACUAUAGGCUUGGAUGCUAGUUCCACGGCGAACAUCGUGAGCGCAAAUUUCAAGGCGUACAAUGUUGACUUUGCAAAUACUUAUGGGGCCGGUGUUCAGGCCGUGGCCGUAACCGCCAAUGGAGAUCAGCAAGGUUAUUAUGGGUGUUCAUUUACCGGCUACCAAGAUACUUUAUAUGCCAAAGCAGGCAAGCAAUACUACUCCAAUUGUUACAUUGAAGGUGCUGUUGAUUAUAUAUUCGGUGAUGCUGCAGCUUGGUUUGGCGAAUGUACAAUUGCUUCGAAUGGAGGAGGUGCUAUCACGGCGAGCUCAAGAACACUUAGCAGUGACAGCGGCUGGUAUGUCAUCGACAGCUCUACUAUAACCCAAGCAGAUGGUUAUAGCCUGACAGGAAAAGUCUAUCUCGGACGACCAUGGAGAGCCCUCGCUCGUGUAAUUUUCCAAAAUUCAGUCUUGACCGCAGUGGUAAAUCCAGCUGGUUGGACUACUCUUGCUGCUGAUGCUACACCGAUAUUUAUGGAAUAUGCCAAUACGGGAGCUGGUUCAAGCACAUCUGCUAGGGUUUAUGAAACUGCUGCUACGGGUACGGUUAAUAAGAACACAUUGUGGGGAAAUACUUGGGCUUCUUGGGUUGAUACUUCGUAUUAA